AAGGAAGAAGAUAAACUCUGAACUAGUGCAGCCAGUUCAGCUAUAAAGAACAGACUUAAGAACAGACCUAAUAGAGAGACACAAAUAUCAGUGGAUGACAUUUACAGAUUUCACAAGUCGUAGAUUGAUAAACACUCGACAACAGCAUACAGUAUCACUAUGAUAUAAUGGAAGAGAAUUAUAAGAAACGAUUCAAGAUUACAAACGAAUCAAAUCUUUCAGAUAUUGCAGAUUCUAUUGAUCACAUAGCUCAGUCUAUUGAGUCCAUAAGCGAGGUCCAUAGGAACAUAUUAAGAAUUAACAGGGCCGUUGUCACAUAUCUGAAUAAAACUGAAAAACUUCAAAAGGAAAGUUUGCACAAGACGAAAGAAUAAGAACGUAUCUAUAAUAUAUCCAUAAGGAGCGAUAAUUGAACGCAAACAUGACCGACAAACGUGCCCAAGCAAUCUCAGUUGCAAACCAUUAUUUUAUACUGGCCGAUGGCAUGGUUUCUGAUUUAGAGAAUUAUUUUGCAGAUGAUGUGAUAUUCAUAUGGUUCGGCCGGAAGAUUAUGGGAAAGAAAAACGUAGUUGAUUUUCUUUUGUCUAAUGAAAUAAAAUCUUUUCAUUCGUUUCCCAACAUUAUGCCAAUCUCGGGCAUUGCUUGGGAUGAGCAGCCGAAUGAGGAGGAAGAAGAACAAUCUUCGGAUCAGAGUAAUGAUAGUCCGGAAGUAAAACUUGAAACCCACACGAGCAAUUGUUCUGGCGAAGCACUGGCUGGAUAUUUGCACGAGACUGAAAUGUCAAUGACCUGUGAGAAUGCGAUAGAUUCUAAGCAGGAAAGUGAUAAAAGAAAUACUUCCAUUGAGAAAAACUAUGAUACAGACAGAUUUGAUAUUGAAACAUAUAUAAACGAAUUAAAAAUACCGAGCGAUAUGUAUUACGACUACACGGAUGUCGAUACUAAUAUAAAAAAUCAAAAUCAAGUUAGUGCGAAUGCAAUCGCCGAGACGGAUGAUCAGAGUUAUGAUCUUAACGAAUACGAUCUCCGUAAUCUUUUCGAGCCCGAGAUUACGUCUCAAGCCUUCGUCCAGAACGUACACAUACAUAACAUUAAUAGGAUAAAAUUGGAAGAGGAAAUGGCACCAACUAAAGCCAUCAACAGAGAGUGUAGUCAAGGAGACGGAUCUGAAGCUAACACGAUCAAGUACCUGGAGACGAAUGGAGAAUAAAAUUUGUACAAAAAUACGCAUCAGAAGAUUCUUUCUCAUGUUAUCAUUGGUCAAGAAUGUCGAAGCAGAAAGACUGGACGCGGAAAUGCAAACUCCAAAUUGCGUAUUCGCUUCUGACU